AUGGCCCAGGCGCGGCAGGCAGUCCGGCAGGUGUCACGGAAGAGAGAGAAACAAAGGAAUCUUCAGUAUGUGCAAGAGUACAAACCUGUGAAAGAGGGCAUCAGGUACCUUCGAGUCUUGCUGUGUGGACCUGUUGGAGCCGGAAAGUCCAGUUUCAUUAACUCUGUCAGCAAUGUCCUUCGAGAGCGAAUUACGAUUCCUGCUGUGGCAAGUGCAGCCAUAUCCGACAAAAGCUUUACCACUCAAUAUGAAACUCAUAAAUUCAGCAAGGGACGAGGAAAGUCAGCGGAAUUUUACCCCGUGGUAUUCAAUGACAUCAUGGGCCUGGAAGAUGGGAACGAAACUGGAGUUCAUCCUGAUGACAUCAAACUGGCUUUGGAGGGUCAUGUGAAGGAGGGCCACAAGUUCAACCCCUUUUCUCAGCUAACUAAAGAUGAUCCAGGCUAUAACCAGAACCCCUCUGCUGAUGACAGAGUUCAUGUCUUGGUCUCUGUGAUCUCUGCCAAUGCUCCACGGAUUAACCCAUCAUUUCUUGAGAAGAUGAGAAGCAUCAGAAAAACUGCCAGUGACCUGAAAAUUCCUCAAAUGGCCAUUAUGACCCACAUUGAUGCUGCCUGUGGUGAAAUUGAGAAAGAUCUGAAGAAUGUGUACAAGAGCAAACACCUGAAAAAAAAGAUAAAGGACUUCAGUGCAACAUUGGGAAUCCCCAUAAACUGUAUCUUUCCAGUGAAAAACUAUAGUGAAGAAAUUGACCUGAACGAUGACGUUGACUUUCUGAUCCUCAGUGCUCUGAAGAAAAUGGUUGACUUUGGGGACGACUUUAUCGAGAGAAAUUGUUAAGAUCUGGACUAAACUCUGAGGUGGAGGGAUGUAGUUUUUAUA